GUCUGUUGGGUCGAAGCAGAGCUGUCAUCUUCGCUAGCUCUUGUGUUAGCCAGCGUUUUGUCAUGUCAAGAGUAACCUGCCCCUUCUCAACGCAGGACAGCUAACCUAACGGGAGCUUUUCUUCACACUGCCACAGCCGGGGAGGUGUAGAGGACAGAAACCUGUGCGGAGAGCUGAAGAGUGAGAUGAAAUGACAACGUCAACAUUACAGAAAGCGAUUGAUCUUGUGACCAAAGCCACAGAGGAAGACAAGGCAAAGAACUAUGAAGAGGCAUUGCGCCUUUACCAGCAUGCUGUGGAAUAUUUCCUACAUGCCAUCAAAUAUGAGGCCCACAGUGACAAGGCAAAGGAAAGCAUACGAGCAAAGUGUAUGCAGUACCUGGACAGAGCGGAGAAACUCAAGGACUACUUGAAGAAUAAAGACAAGCAGGGCAAGAAGCCCGUGAAGGAGGCACAGAGCAAUGACAAGAGUGACAGCGACAGCGAGGGUGAGAAUCCAGAGAAGAAGAAACUGCAGGAGCAACUUAUGGGUGCUAUUGUAAUGGAGAAGCCCAAUGUCAGGUGGAACGAUGUGGCUGGACUGGAGGGAGCCAAGGAGGCUCUGAAGGAAGCCGUCAUCCUGCCCAUCAAAUUCCCUCACCUCUUUACAGGCAAGCGGACUCCGUGGAGAGGCAUCCUGCUGUUCGGUCCUCCGGGGACGGGGAAGUCAUACCUGGCCAAGGCUGUGGCCACCGAGGCCAACAACUCCACCUUCUUCUCUGUCUCCUCCUCAGACCUCAUGUCCAAGUGGCUGGGAGAGAGUGAGAAGCUGGUGAAGAACCUGUUCGACCUGGCCCGCCAACACAAACCCUCCAUCAUCUUCAUCGACGAGGUGGACUCGUUGUGCGGCUCAAGGAACGAGAACGAGAGCGAGGCCGCCCGCCGCAUCAAGACGGAGUUCCUGGUCCAGAUGCAGGGUGUGGGAAACAACAACGAUGGCAUCUUGGUGCUGGGAGCCACCAACAUCCCGUGGGUGCUGGACGCUGCCAUCCGCAGAAGGUUUGAGAAGCGUAUCUACAUCCCUCUGCCGGAAGAGCCGGCUCGGUCCCAGAUGUUCCGCCUGCACCUCGGCAACACGCCGCACAGCCUGAGCGAGCCUGACCUGCGGCAGCUCGCCCACAAAACGGACGGCUACUCCGGCGCCGACAUCAGCAUCAUUGUCCGGGACGCGCUCAUGCAGCCAGUGAGGAAGGUCCAGUCUGCCACACACUUCAAAAAGGUUCGCGGCCCGUCCCGCAGCAACAACCAGGUGAUUGUGGACGACCUCUUGACCCCUUGUUCACCUGGAGACCCCGCAGCCAUAGAGAUGACAUGGAUAGACGUGCCUAGUGAUAAGCUACUGGAGCCCAUAGUGUGCAUGUCGGACAUGCUGCGAUCUCUGUCCACCACCCGGCCAACAGUCAACACUGAAGACCUGCUGAAGGUCAAGAAGUUCACAGAGGACUUUGGGAUGGAGGGCUGAGACACAGAGCCCCACCUCAUCUCACCCUGCUCCGAUUCUACCAGAAGGGUCAAAACUGCUCCCAACUACACCCAUCUCUCCCCCUUUCCUCCCCCACAACUGCUGUACCAUCCUGUAGGCUUUCAUUUCUCAACUGGUCCACUGUCUCUCACGGAUUUCUAAAUAAACGACUGGAGUGUCAGAACACCAAAAAAAUAGAGAGAGUGAGCGAAGGGGGGAGGGGUGUGAGAUAAUGUUUCUUUCUUUUAAUCAUCCAGUCUGCUAUUUUUGAAUCCUUAGAAGACGUUGACCAAAAUGCUACAAAAGAGGAAAAAAAACGUUGGUGUGAAUUGGUAGUUGGACAUUAGAGCCAAUGUCUUUCCCCCAUUUCAGACAAUGUUCCGUUAAAAGAAAAAGAAAAAGCAGCCGCUAUAAUCACUACAAGAACUUCUCAUCUAACCUGCAUUGACACGAGGAAAGAAGCAUCUGAGUCUAAAUGCGAACAAGGUUUGUCCCUCUGAGCCCGAUCCUGUCUCUGACUGAAGUACAGUACAUUUUGUUGCCAUCGUGCAUUUUGCUUUUUUUUGGAAACACGAUGAAGGACAGUGACGUUUCAAAGAAGAAUCAAAAGAAGAAGUGUGUGAAUGCAUCCAAGUAUUUUUAUUCAACUUGUGUGUCUUAAUGUAAAUGUCAUACACUGUGGGCCCUGUUACUUUAUUUGAUGGAGAGUUGAAUUAAUUUAUUAUGGCUGCCUCAGUGUCCCUCUGUAGCUGUGUGUGUGUGCGUGUGUGUGUGUGUGCGUGCGUGCAUCAGGCAUGUACCUCUGCUAGCAGCAGUCUGACUGAAGUAUCAUUGUUUAAUCACUAAUGUCAAAUGAUUAAGGAGACGUGCUUGAUUGAUGGUCAAACACCACAUUUAUGCUCCAUCCAUAAACUCAUGGUCAAUCUCAUCACAAGGUCCAUUUAGUAGCUGUUCUGGAACUUUCGGCCAUAUCACAUGAUCUUCAUCUGGAGGAUAUUGACAUGUGAUUUUUAAAACUUUUUAUCCUAUCGCCCAUUUCAAAUUAUUUUUUACUUAAAAAAAAUACAGGUCUUCAUCACUUCAGUUUUUAUGUCAAAAUGAGACAAAAAAUAUAUGGACAACUCCAUCUGAUAUGAUCUCAAAGCUCCAGAACAGCUACUUAAUGGACCUCUUGGGUGAAAUAAGUUUUCUGAAUGGUCAUGAUAGAACUUUCAGCUCUUGUUGCUCAUUUGAAAUGAAGUCAAAUGAGUUUCAGCAAUGCAUUUCCUAGACAUCACCGCAAUGUCUCUCGGUUGGUUUUUCCGUCAUUUUCUGCUCAAAUAUUUUUCUUCUGGGUGUCAAAGAAAAUCAAUCAAGCACAUCUCUUUAAAGAUAAGUUUGUUUUUGGUUUUUGCCCUGGCGUACAUCGUUCAACAGUGUUACAAAACUAUACAACCUAUUUGACCACACUUGACAUGUUACUGGACUGACUAUAAUAGACAGUAUGUUUACACUUGAAGUAUUUCUUUUUUGUUGAUGUUUCAUAAUGGAGCUCCAGUGCAAGUCCUUUCUUUUUUCCUGUUAUUGGGAGGCUAAAGUUCCACUACUGAGGCAGACACUACAUGUAUUUCAUUACUGCCUGCUCAGGGCUGGCUUUCUGUUAACACCUUCGAGUUUCAGCAGCAGUUGUUCUGUGGAAACUGGUGCGUUGCUGGCUAUCAAGAAGCAGGAUCACACAGGUAGUCAGAGAUUUCAAGAUCAAACUGUGUUGCAACUCUCUGACCUCUCACUAUCACACCAGGAUCACAGGCUUGUCUGACAGUGAUGGACUUCUUGUGAUAGCUCAGUGCUAGUAUUGCUCUGCGUGUGUGUGUGUGUGUGUGUGUGUGUAGGUACUGUACAUGCUGGUUCAGUGGGAGGUCAGUUAUUAACGUCCCUGUAAGGGGACCGAACCUGCCGCUGGCUGUGUAACCAUUGCUACUAAUUUAAGCUGAAUUAAUAAAA